UAAUUGAUAUUUUUGUUUUGUUUUUUUUUCCGACGUUUGAUGUUAACUCACACUAAGCUUUCUAGUCACCACGUGUCUCACCCGCAGGCGGCGUGCUGGCCCGGUGGGCGGUGGCGCGCGCCAUCUACCCUUACAUGGUGUCUAUUGGGCUGGUGUACUUCACGACGCUGAGUCUGUACCCCGGCAUCGCGUCUGAAGUGCCGUCCUGCAGGCUCGGAUCCUGGAUGCCGAUUAUACUCAUGUCGGCGUUCAAUCUGUUCGACUUCAUUGGGAAGAUAGCAGCAGCGUGGCCGUACGAAUGGAGCCGCAGCCAGCUGCUGAUGGCCAGCGGCGUGCGGCUGCUGUUAGUACCCUUGUUACUGCUGUGCGCAGCCCCAAGGCACUCCCCGCAUAUCGUUGGAGAUGAUGUAAUGAUAGCAGCGGCGUGGCCGUACGAGUGGAGCCGCAGCCAGCUGCUGAUGGCCAGCGGCGUGCGGCUGCUGUUGGUACCUUUGUUACUGCUGUGCGCGGCUCCGAGGCACUCCCCGUAUAUCUUUGGAGAC